UUAAUUAUAAAUGAGGGUUGUGGUUGCAGUCAUUGGUUCUUUUCAUUGAGCAACAAAAUUAGUGGAUGAACUGAUAUAGCACCUAUAGCUACAAGAAGCAGAAAUGCACUAUUUCACUUUCCAUGCUGAAAGUUCAGAGUUAUCUUGCAUCCAAUCUGCGUUAAUGGGCUGCAAUACUACUUUUGUUGGUGUGGCACCAUGCCAUCGAAUGUGCCCAAUCUAUCAUGCAGAAAAAAUGAACAAAACAGUACAUGUUUCCCUCACGAACCAACGGAACUCUUUUGAUUUGACAUACAAACCAUCGAAACUCUCCUAAUCUGACAUACGAACCAUAGGAAGAGGAAGAGGACGACGGGAGACCUCACCUUGCUGGUGCAGUGGCUGCAGAUCUGGAGCACUAGCCUUGGCUCCGCCUUGGCCCGUGCGCGACCAUGCCCUAGGAGCCGCACGAAGGACACCAGGCUCACCUCCAUCCAGAGCAUGUUGAGGCAGUUGUGCUUCGGGGGGAGCCGCCGACGACGAGACGCUUCCUUGCCGGGGGCAUGGCAUGCGCCCUUGGGGGAGGGGGAGGCAUAGCGAGCACCAUCAGCGGCUGCCUCCAUGCGCGCCCUACGCGGAGGCUGCCGCAGUAGGCACGCUCGCCUGGGCCGCUGCUCCCCCACAGGGCGCCGCCGCUCGCCGGGGGAUGCUGCGCCGCUCCCUCGCCGGAGGCACGGCAUACAACCUGACACGCCUUUCUUUUAACCGUCAACACAAGCCACCUAGUGAUGAGCUCACCCUAGAAACGGUUAGGAAUUUCUCAAAGUAUCAUGGAAGAAAAGAUACAAAACAAUUAGCUGGCCAAAAUUAGUGCUAAUGAUCAAUUCAAGUGCUAACUAAGAGGUAUGCAGAUAAGAGUGAAAGCUUACUAGAGCUUAUGAGUAGUUUAAAGCAUUAUUGAAAACAUGGACCAAGCAAGCAAAAAUUAUCUAAUCACUGGACAUAUAGCCUGAAAGAGAUAUCAAGAUUAAUUCACCUGAGUAAAACCGAGCAUUCUGCUUAUGUCCAGUUGCAGCUUUUCUGCAGUUACUAAGUUGACCUGCCCGCCCAAUGGAGCUAAUACAGACAAGCAAACCAAGCUACUAAUAAUGCAUCUUUUAGCUAAUUCACAAGAGGCAAGCUCUGAGCAAAAAGGCUGUUGUAGCUAGAGUUGUUAGCUGAGACAAAAUCAAGGACAUGCUAGCUACUAAUGAUGCAACUAAAAUAUCAUGGCAUGAAAGAGCAACAUAUGAUUAAAAUCAAUACAUAUGAUUAAAUUCACAAUGCAAGAAAAAAGCUACAUGCCACACAUGGGGUUAAACAAAAUCAGACAACUUCUAUGCAAGACAACUCCAGUAACAAAUAACAGUGGCAAAGGAAUAAACAAUAGCUCAUCCAGUUAAGUACCUUAAUGUGUCUCUGCACAAACCUGAAAAAUUGAGUUGAUUCAGAAUCCACGGUUGUUGGAUGAGCUGCAAAAACAAGUUAAGCAAUACCUCCACUUUAUCCCAUCUGAUUACCUGCGUGAGCUGCUAAUCGACCAAAAGCUGCUGCAGCAAGAGAAGAAAAGCAGACAGAGGCCGAGCUGCACUUGUAGGUCGUACUUGUCCCUGAAAUUCAGAGAGAAAAUAGAGAAGAACUGCAACUACAAUCACAGCCUACCGAGGUGAAAAUCAGUUCAGUUUUCCAUAAUCGACGACAAAAUAGAGGGGAAAACAGAGAAACCCCCCAAAAAUCAGUGUGCGGGGCUGUUAAUCUCACAUAAUAUGCAUUUCCAGUCCACAUCCCUCUCUGAAUAAUCCCUGGUCUAAAUCCAGACACGUGACACAGAUGAGCUCCACCAGAAAUAAACAAUUGAACCGCAAAAAAUAAGAAGACAAAAAACGAGAUGCGCGUGGAGCAGUGCAUGAACUCCCCCUGGUCGGAUCUGCAGCUUCCAGUCCCCCACCACCAUAGCCCGCAGAUGCCUCUCGAGAUUCUAGAAAAAGCACACACCAAUGACCUCCACCAAAACCAAAACAAAUAAAACGAAUUCAACCAGGGCUAACGAAAUGAAAGUCCAUGAAACAAUGGGGCAAUACCACCUUCGUGCGCGUCCCCUCGUCUCUCCACCUCUGAUCUACGCUUCCAACCACGCAAAAUCGCCGGAUCUGAGGGAACAUGAGUGAGAGAGGAGAGAGAGGCUAACCCUAGAGAGAGAAAGGGGAGGAGUAAAAUGAAUCAUGCGUGACCUGAGUCUGGGGACUCGUUCUUCUGGACUGACUAGUGGGCCUAGGGGGACGCUGGUCGACGCGCGUGCAGACCCACAAAUUUACGGCCGGCUGGUACGAAGUCAUUACCAAUAUUAAUACAGCGUUUUCGACUCUCCACAGUUUCUAGUAGAAAAAUCAGAAGAGUGGCCAAAAUUUACUGGUAAGAAUAUCAACCAAUCGCUCAUCUGCUCGGCACCAACCAUGCUUUCCAGUCACCAUGCCCUUGUCGCCUCCCAACUGCAGGCAGUAUCCAAGUCGUGAGCAGAGUAGUAAGCUAUAUAUGUGCGCAGCCUCCAGAUCGAUGCUGCAUCUUCUUCAACCUCUAGCUAGCUGUUCGAUCGAUCGAUCUCUGCUACUCACCAAUCACCAUCUCGCAGAGGGGACGAUGGUGAGCAACGACGCCGACACGGCCGCUCCCAAGCAGCAGGCGUCGUCCAUGGCCCCCAACCCCGGCAAGGCCACGAUCCUCGCCCUCGGCCACGCCUUCCCGCAGCAGCUCGUCAUGCAGGACUACGUCGUCGACGGCUUCAUGAAGAGCACCAACUGCGACGACCCGGAGCUCAAGGAGAAGCUCACCAGGCUCUGCAAGACGACGACGGUGAAGACAAGGUACGUGGUGAUGUCGGAGGAGAUCCUGCGGAGCUACCCGGAGCUGACGCAGGAGGGCUCGCCGACGAUGAAGCAGCGCCUCGACAUCUCCAACAAGGCGGUGACGCAGAUGGCGACGGAGGCGUCGCUCGCCUGCGUCCGCGCCUGGGGCGGCGCGCUCUCCGCCGUCACCCACCUCGUCUACGUCUCCUCCAGCGAGGCCCGGUUCCCCGGCGGCGACCUGCACCUGGCGCGCGCCCUCGGGCUCAGCCCCGACGUCCGCCGCGUCAUGCUCGCCUUCACCGGCUGCUCCGGCGGCGUGGCGGGGCUCCGCGUCGCCAAGGGCCUCGCCGAGAGCUGCCCCGGCGCGCGCGUCCUGCUCGCCACCUCCGAGACCACCAUCGUCGGCUUCCGCCCGCCCAGCCCCGACCGCCCCUACGACCUCGUCGGCGUCGCCCUCUUCGGCGACGGCGCCGGCGCCGCCCUCGUCGGCGCCGACCCUGCCCCCGCCGAGCGCCCGCUCUUCGAGCUCCACGCGGCACUGCAGCGCUUCCUCCCGGGCACGGACAAGACCAUCGAGGGCCGCCUCACGGAGGAGGGCAUCAAGUUCCAGCUGGGCCGGGAGCUGCCCCAUCUCAUCGAGGCGCACGUCGAGGACUUCUGCCGGAAGCUCAUGGCGGAGCGGGAGGGCCUCGCCGCCGGCGAGGCGAUGGGGUACGACGACAUGUUCUGGGCGGUGCACCCCGGCGGCCCGGCGAUCCUGACCAAGAUGGAGGGCCGGCUCGGCCUCGCCGGCGACAAGCUCCGCGCCAGCCGCUGCGCGCUCCGCGACUUCGGGAACGCCAGCAGCAACACCAUCGUCUACGUGCUGGAGAACAUGGUGGAGGAGACCCGGCGGCGCAAGGCGGCGGCGGCGAAGGAGGCCGGCGACGGGGAGGACUGCGAGUGGGGGCUCAUCCUGGCCUUCGGCCCCGGGAUCACCUUCGAGGGCAUCUUGGCCAGGAACCUGCUGGCAACCGCGCGCCCCUGAACUGAACUGAACUGGUGUUGGUGUUCACAGCAUUGUCAUUUCUUUACAAGAUCAGGGAAAUAACUGAGGCUCCAAGAAUUCCUCCUUGAAUGGGAUGCAUAAAAUGAAGCAAAAAAAAAAGAAUCUAGAAUCAAACAUAACAAAAGUUUGUGGUCGA